AUGACACUUACGCCAGAGCAGAAAUACACGCUAAUUUCGCGGAGCCUAGAAGAGGUGCUGGGAGGGGACAAGCUGCAGAGCAUUUUGAAAACAAGAGACUUAAAGGUGUACUGGGGAACAGCACCAACAGGAAAGAUCCACAUAGGGUAUUUUGUUCCAAUUGCAAAAAUUGCAGACUUCCUGCGAGCUGGGUGCGAGGUGACCAUUCUGAUAGCAGACCUGCACGCUGCGCUUGAUAAUCUGAAGGCCCCAAUUGACCUUAUUGAGAAAAGGGCUGAGUACUACGAGGUUGUGAUUAAGGCCAUGCUUGUCAGCGUGGAAGCGCCCAUUGAGAAAAUUCGAUUUGUUCGAGGAACUGAGUACCAGUACAACAAGGAGUAUGUGCUGGACAUGCACAAACUUUCCAUGGUGGUCUCUGUUAACGAUGCAAAGAGAGCAGGCUCUGAGGUGGUGAAGCAGACAGACAAUCCUCUGCUGAGCGGUCUUGUAUAUCCAGGAAUGCAGGCCCUUGACGAGCAGUAUCUGGGUGUGGAUGCGCAGUUUGGAGGAGUUGACCAGAGGAAAAUAUUUAUAUAUGCAGAGGAUGUGAUGCCUAAGCUUGGGUAUGAGAAAAGAAUUCACCUGAUGAAUCAGAUGGUUCCCAGUCUAUCCGACGGAAAGAUGAGCAGCAGCGAUGCGCAGUCAAAAAUAGGGCUUGAGGACACAAAUGCACAGAUCAAAAAGAAGGUGCUGGCGGCUUUCUGCGAGGAGAGAAACAUUCAGCAAAAUCCUGUUCUUACAUUUAUUGGCAAGUUUGUCUUCAAUACUUUCCUGCGCGGUCCUGCUCCAGAAUUCAAGGUUGUGAUUAAGAAGCUUGAUGCUGUGCGCACAUAUGAGAGCUUAGAGAAGCUUGCAGGAGAUUUUGCAGAGGGAGUUAUUCAUCCACUCGAUCUUAAGGCAUCUCUUGUAGACUAUUUAGUGGACCUAAUAUCUCCAGUGAGGGAAGUGAUCCAAAAGCACCCAGAGCUAAUAGCCAAUGCAUAUCCGCUCCCAGUGAAGAAAAAGAUAGUUAAAGUGAGAAAAGAAGAGAAAGCCCGGGGUAAAAAGGAAGAAAGCACAUGCAAUGAGAAUGAAGUGCAGGAGAAAUAG